UUUCAUCAUGGCUGCCGUGUCUACUCUCUCAAGUGACGCUCAGAUUGGACACUGACUCGAUUUCUGCCUCUUAGUGCCUCUUAACUUUUGCUGCACAUCAACUUCGCUUGGAUGCAGAUAUCGUCCUCCACCUUGUUGUCCCCUCCGGCUUCAUUUAGCGGGAUAACCUUCACCAAUCACUCCCUCCACUGGGCCUUUUUUUAUACCCCCAAAAAACAACCAACUGCCAGCCAGCAAACAGCUCCCAGUGCCAUGGUUUGACUCAGUUUUCCUCUUCAUGAACAAUGUGUGAAAACUGCGCCGAGCUGGUGGAGGUUUUAAAUGAAAUAUCGGAUGCAGACGGCAGCGAAGGAGGCUUCCAGCUAAAGAAGGAACAUGCCCUGCGAGUGCUGGGCUACAUCAGCUCCUGGACACAGAGACAAUGUCUCUGCUGCUUCAAGGAGUACAAACACCUGGAGGUCUUCAACCAGCUGGUCUACGCCCUCAUCAACCUGGUCAUCGCUCAGAUCAGCAGCCUGAGAGACCGCCUCUGCAGCUUCCAAGACCGCUCCCAUAAAGGAGGCGUGUCUGGGGGUGAGGGGGCGGGGUCUGAAUGGAGCGGCGGCGAGACUGCACCCGGGCCCCUCCCCCAGCCGUCCUCACCCGGGGAGGACGAACCCGUGAAUGUGGAGAGAGACUCUGCCGAGGAGGACGCUGACGCCCCCGACCUGAACCAGAAUAAGACCCAGAGCCAGGGUCAGGGUCAGGGGGGCAGCCAGCCGUGUGAAGCCCAGAUGGAAGCGCUGGGACCCAGGGAGGGCGGCGGUGGGUCUGGGGGUGGCGAUGGUGGCGUCGGAGCGAGCGGCAGCAGCGACAGCCAGGACCCGUUCAGCUCCUGGAGCACAGAGGAGAGGGAGAAACUGCUGCUGUGCGCCGCCAAGAUCUUCCAGAUCCAGUUCCCCCUCUACACAGCCUACAAACACAACACACACCCCACCAUAGAGGACAUAUCUGCUCAUGAAAGCAACAUCCUCGGCUCCUUCUGCGACAUGAAUGACGUGGAGGUCCCUCUGCAUCUGCUGCGUUACGUCUGUCUGUUCUGCGGGAAGCACGGCCUCUCCCUGAUGAAGGAGUGCUUCGAGUCGGGCACCCCGGAGAGCCUCCCCUUCCCCAUCGCACACGCCUUCAUCACCAUCGUCUCCAACAUACGAAUAUGGUUGCACAUUCCUGCGGUCAUGCAGCACAUCAUACCGUUCCGCACCUAUGUAAUACGCCUUACCUGCUCACGUGCUGUUGGCUGCGUGGCUGCUCCACAGAAAUCCAGCGAAUCCAUUCAGGCUGAAACCAAGUCAAAGUCCAGCAGCAGCCGGCCUCGCAGCUCCGUCACAGCAGAGGGUUACCCUUCAGAAACCACAGUGUGCAGCACGGACCACCUCAAGACACAGAGAAUGAUUUCCCGCCUGCAGCUCUGCGGUGAACCCGGUCGACCGGCUUACGGCAAAGACGGUCGUGACGGAGAGCGGGGACCACGCGGUGUUCCCGGAUUGACCGGCGUCCCCGGGCCUCCCGGUCCCCCUGGACUGAACGGUUACUGCGAGUCGUCGCAGUGCGUCCUGCCUAUGGUGGCGUCGCCGGUUUCUGCAAAGGACUCAGGCAUGAAGGGCCCCAGUGACGUGUGA